GCAUUCUUUCUUUUAAAUUAUUGUUUGUGGUUUCAGGUGAAAUAAAUGGGUAAAUUGAAUCGAUUAGCACUUUUUCAUCGUUCAAGAAGGCAAUGUGCUUACUCACCGACAAUUAUUACACGUGAAAGUAGUAGCUCCUUUAACAUCGACGAGGUAACACAAAAUUUUGAACAAAGAACAGAGUUUGCCGCUGCAAAUUAUCGAAAGAAUGGCAGUCUAUUUCGUAUGGUUUUACCCCCGCCAAACGUAACUGGUAAACUGCAUUUGGGACAUGCUCUAACAGUUGCAGUGGAAGAUGCUAUUUGUCGACACCAGAGAAAUCAGGGAAAUAAAGCCGAAUGGAUUCCUGGAUUUGAUCACGCAGGAAUCGCCACACAAGUAGUCGUGGAAAAAAUAUUGGCAAAAAAUGGAAAGCGACGACUUGAGAUGACACGCGAAGAGUUUGUGAAAGAAUGCCAUUUGUGGGGUGAAAAAUGCUCAUCUGAAAUUCGACAGCAAUUGACUCGAAUGGGAGCUUCUCUCGACUGGACUCAAUCAUAUUAUACUCUCGAUUCAAAAUUUUCCGAAGCCGUCACAAAAGCUUUUUGCAUUCUUGAGCAAGAAGAUUUGAUUACACGUGGCAAACGAUUAGUUCAUUGGUGUCCAACACUAUCAUCUACAUUAUCGAGUCAAGAAGUAAAUCGAAUUGAUGUUCCAUCUGAUGGUUACAUCAAUUUAUCGUCGUCAAGUGGAACACGGAGAAGAGUGAAGUUCGGUCAAAUGCAUGUAAUUAGAUACAAUCUGGUAGAUUCUGAAUCUGAAUUCAUUGAAGUUGGAACAACUCGCCCAGAAACUUUGUUCGCGGAUGUGGCCGUAGCAGUUCAUCCAGAAGAUGAUAGAUAUUCAAAGUUCCACGGAAAACAUGUUUGGUCUCCAGUAACACCGGGAAGGAAACUUUUCGUAAUUACUGAUUCAGCAGUUUCCGUGGAAAAAGGAACGGGAGCUGUAAAAAUCACACCAUCCCAUGAUGCUCUUGAUUACGAAAUUUGGAAUCGUUGGAUAUUGAAUGCUGGACAGAAUACAAUCGAAGAGUUUGCAUGUAUUGAUGCUGAGGGAAAAAUGACAAAUUCUGGUGAAGAUUUUGAUGGAAUGGAUCGAUUUGAAGCCAGAGAAAAAGUGAUUCAAAAAUUGUCAGAAUUGGGAAACUACAACGGACUUAUGAAACAUGAAGGUGCACAAGUUAAUAUUUGUUCUAGAACUGGAGAUAUUAUUGAGCCGAGACUCACAGAACAAUGGUUUUUGGAUUGCAAAGAUAUGUUCGCCAGAUCAGCUGAUGCCAUAAAAUCCGGAAAGAUUGAAGUGUUUCCGGAAUAUCAAUCACACAGAUUGGCUGACUGGUUUGAAAAUCAAGAACCAUGGUGUUUAAGCCGGCAACUUUGGUGGGGACACCGAAUUCCAGCAUAUAAUGUUCCUGGUCAAUCGAAAUGGAUGGUAACUACAGACGAAGAAGAAGCUCGACGAGAACUUGGUGACAAAAUGCAACAGGAUCCGGAUGUUCUUGAUACUUGGUUCAGUUCUGCAUUGGUUCCACUCGUCAAAAAUGGAUGGCUCGAAGGUGCCCCAAUUCAGACGCCUUCGUUGAAUGUUAUGGAGACAGGAUGGGAUAUUUCUGGAUUUUGGGUUGCACGAAUGAUAGCUUUAAAUAUGAAAUUAUCAUCUGGAGAGACACCAUUUGGAAAAGUAGUCUUACAUGGAUUGGUUCGAGAUAAUGAAGGCCGAAAAAUGAGUAAAUCGCUGGGAAACGUAAUUGAUCCAUUGGACGUUUUGGAUGGUAUCACAUUUGAAAAAAUGAUUGAAAGAGUGAAAUCAAGUGCUCAUGAAAAGGAAGAAAUCGAUAAUGCUGUUAAAGAUCUAACGAAAAGAUUCCCAAAUGGAAUCUCCAGAUGUGGACCAGAUGCACUUCGUUUUGCACUUUUGAAGUAUGAUGUUCUAUCAACAGAUAUUCCAAUCGAUGUUUCAAAUGCUGCAAUUGAAGGUCUUCACUUCUGUAAUAAAAUUUGGAAUUUGGCUGCAUAUUACGAUCAGCUUGCUGAAAAGUGUGAAGUCAUCAAGGAUGUUGAUUCAGAUCGACUUGUGGACGAAUGGAUUAUGGCUAGACUUUCGACUACAGUUUCCACUGUCGAUGCUCACAUGAACAAGUUUUCCCUCCAUUUAGCUCUGUCUACACUUCAUAAGUUCAUAACUUCGGAUAUUUGUGAUAUUUAUCUGGAGUCCACCAAAAAAGCUUUAUGGAAUAAUGAUAUUGCUAGAAUUCGAGAAGCAAGAUCUAUACUUCAAAGAGUUCUACAACCGACUCUAGUUCAACUCAAUGCUUUUAUGCCAUUUGUUAGUGAAUAUAUUUAUGAACGGAUUUUCAAACGAGAAACUGGAAGUAUCCUCUUUGACGUCGUCAAGCCAUCGCUUUUUAUUUUCCAUAGAAAUGAAGAACUGGAAGAAGCUAUGAAAUUGAUUACUGCAAUGAUGGCUGCUAUUCGAUCUACUCGUCAAACACUGCAACUUCCACAACGAAUUACCUUUUCUGGUAUUUUAGAAAUGGCGCCAACUGACACAUCACCUUCGGAACUUCGAAUAUUAGCCGACGAAGUCACACAAACUUGUGGUUUUGAAUUGCAAAAAGUGUGCAGAGAAGUUGAUGAAGAUAUCAAAAAAGAUCACAUGGCUUGCCCAGUUCCAGGACAUGAUGCAAAAUUGUGGAUGAGAAUCGAUGCUGACUGUAAAGAAAUGUUCAUUUUGAGUCUCAAACGACAACUGGAAAAGACAAAAACCCGUCAGGAACAGUUUCAAGCAAGAAUUGCAUCGUAUGAAGCAAUUUGUGAGAAUCCUAAUUCCAAACCAUCAAAUGUAACAAAAACAAAACGGAAAGCUGAAAAUGCAAGAAAAGUCGUCGAAAAUGCAAAAGAAGAAGCUGAACGGAUUAAACAGCUAAUUUUGAAUCAAAGUUAGAUUUAUUUGUAGUCAUAGAUAUUAGUGAGAUUGUUAGAAUUGUUUUCCUUUGUAUUUUGUUUUUUUCUGUUAAUUUUUGAAAUGUUUUUUUAAUAAAUAAAUAAAAUUUCAGUUUAUUAUUC